AACUCUGCCUUUCUACCUCCUCAGGGUAAAGAAUGCUCAGAAAGAAGUCAGUGGCAGCAGCAGCAGAAGCAGCAGCAGAAGCAGCAGCAUCCAGGGGGGCAGCACAGGAUCCCAAGAUGCUGUCCUGGGUGGACCAGUCCCUGCAUCCCAUUUCACCAGGUCCAGACACAGCCCCAGCCCCAGCAGCCCCAGAGGAUAGACCAGAUGACUUACAUUAUGCCUGCCUCAACUUCCAAGGAGUGAAACCAAGAGAAGACUGUGGACCCACUGACGCCCUCACCGAGUACUCAGAGAUUAAGUUCCAAUGAGCAACUGUUGAGGCCUCAGCCUGGGUUCUACACUGGACGGUCUGCAAGGCAGUUCCACCCCUCCAUAACAUGAAUUAAAAACCUGCUGCUGAGAGAUGUG